AUGGGCCAAGGAUACUCUUUGACCACCCUUUCGGCAGGGUCGGCCGGCAUCGAUGUCCCCGAAAUGGCUGACCUCACGUAUGAGCAGUCUCUGGGCACAGCGCGGUUCAUGAAGUGCAUCCGGGCUAAGCAUAGGGAUGGCCUGGUAGUCGCCAAGGUGGUCAUGAAACCAUACGCUAGCAUCAAGCUAGAUGAAUAUGUUCGCGUUCUCUUAAGGGAGAGAAAGGCCCUUGCCGACGUCCCAAACGCUCUAGGCUAUCAUCGCAUCUUGGAAACAAGCACAAAUGGGUACCUCGUCCGGCAGUAUAUUCACAACUCUUUGUAUGAUAAAAUAAGUACGCGACCUUUCCUCGAAGGUAUCGAGAAGAAGUGGCUGGCUUUCCAGCUCCUUUGCGCCGUUCGGGAUUGUCAUGCACGAGACAUCUUUCAUGGAGAUAUCAAGACGGAGAAUGUCUUGGUGACCUCUUGGAACUGGCUCUACCUUGCUGACUUCUCCUCAUCUUUUAAACCCACGUACUUGCCAAUCGACAAUCCUGCUGAUUUCUCUUUCUACUUCGACACGUCUGGUCGUCGGACGUGCUACCUAGCACCGGAAAGGUUCUUGAAUGCCGGAGCCGAGCCAGAAGGCGACGGAACCAUCACCUGGGCUAUGGAUAUCUUCAGUGUUGGCUGCGUAAUCGCUGAGCUGUUCCUCGAAGCUCCUAUUUUUGACUUGAGCCAGUUGUUCCAGUACCGCCAAGAUCAAUAUGACCCGAAGCGUGUUCAUUUCAGCAAGAUAACAGACAGUUCCAUCCGAGAUCUGGUGGUGCAUAUGACACAACUUGAACCAAACUCCAGGAUGUCCGCAGAAGACUACCUAAAUUGGAUGAAGGAACUCCGUGGAUUCCCAGACUACUUCUUCGAAAUGUUGCACCAAUAUAUGUAUACCAUCACAGAUCCCACUUCUGGGCGCAAGCAAGUCACUUCAGGGACCGAGAACUUUGGCGAGUGCGACGAUCGGAUCGACGAGAUUUUCAGCGACUUCGACAAGAUCAUGUUUCACCUCAAUGCGCAGGAUGAUCGUCCAUCAGUGCGAAUGUCACGUCCAGCACAGAAAGCAGAUGGUGGGCUAUUCCCUCUCGUUAUAGAUAUCCCAAACUAUCAACACGAAGCGGCGAACAGACCAGGACCGUCGGACGAUGGGACUCUCAUCUUCCUUAUGACUGUAGAAUCUUCUCUGAGAGGAACCGCUAAAGCCUCUUCCCGCAUUCGGGCUUUCGAGCUGCUGUUAGCAUUCGCAGAACAAUCUACAGACGAAGCAAAACUCGAUCGUAUAUUACCAUACAUAGCAACCCAUCUGGAAGACAAGGCGGAUAUGUGCUCACUAGUUUCUGUUGCGUCGCCGAUCAAUGCAAACGUCUUUCCCGAGUAUAUCCUUCCGAGCUUGAACUCGUUUCUUCCCCCUCCUCCUGACGCGACUGACUCCGCGAGUCUGCUUAUGCGGAUCACCUACGCAUCGUGCAUUGGAACUCUGGCCACAACUGCCGCUCGAAACUUGGACAAGAUGCAAGCACUUCGUGUUGACGUGUCUCUCCCAGAUACCGAGCCUGAAGUCGAAGAGGAUGACCCAAAGAACCGGAGUAAUUCACGCAUCUUCGAUCUAGCGCGUGCCGACUUAAUGUCUCAGAUCGAAGUCCACACAAAAGCACUGCUCACGGAUGCUGAUUUCUCGGUCAGACGGGCUAUGCUUGGAUCUGUAGCAGAUCUAUAUUGGCUUCUUCGAAAGGCGUUCUUUGAAACCAUCGUCUCGGUCGCAGUCUAUGUUGGUGCACCAAGCUUAGAGGAGUAUAUUCUCCCAUUGAUGGUACAAGGCCUUACGGACCCUGAAGAGUUCGUUAUCGACAGAGUCAUCCGGUCUUUCUCUACCAUGGCAGAGCUCGGUCUAUUCCAACGAUCCAAGACCUGGGAAUUAGUGGACAUCGUGGCUCGCUUUACCAUGCAUCCCAACAGCUGGAUUCGAGAAGCCGCAGCACAGUUCAUCUCCGUUUCCACCUCUCAUCUAUCAAUCGCCGAUACGAACAGCAUUCUAUUCGACCUCAUCAAGGUCUACUUUACAGUGAAGCCCUCCGAGUACUCGGAAUUGAAGAUACUAGACUCGUUGAAAAAGCCUUUACCCCGGAUAAUCCUUGAGAUGGCUUCCACAUGGGCGAUAAAGGCCGAAAAAGGACUGUUUUGGCUUCCCCCGAACAAGAAAAUACAGACAUCCUCUGGAUCCAGCCGAGAAGCAGGACCAACAGUCUCUGCAAGAGACUUGACUCCAAAAAAGGCCUUGAGCAGGAUCACAAAGAAUGAUGAGGAUGAGAAAUGGCUUACUCGCCUCCGCAAUGCUGGCAUGAAUUCUGACGAAGAGUUCAAAUUAGUCGCGUUGAAGGACUACAUCUGGCGUGUGGCACAUCGAAAACGGAACGAUGACAAGGCUGUGCCAAUUUCGAUGUUCAACGAUAUAGUAGCACUGAACGCUUUAGACGUUAUACCGCAUACUGUUCUGUUCGAUCAGGGUAAGGAACUGCUCGAGAAAGUUCCAACUCCGGACACAGAAAUGCAAACGCAGAGCACCGUGCCUCCCAGAACAAUUGCGGAUGCUUUGCUCGAUGCUUCAACUACAGAAGAAUGGCCUGCUACCCGCGCCAGAGCAUCGUUGGCUGAACGGCUCACGCGAGAAGAAUCGGCACUUGGACGUGGAUCUAGCCCAACACCACCCAAAUUAUCCUCUUCGCCAAGUGCAGCACAACCCCCCCAAAUACCACCUUUGGAUGUCGAGUCACGUCGCUCUUCCCUUCAAGUACCCAGAUCAGAUCGUAGGGCCCACGACUCACCAAACGGUCAGUCGCCAGUCGGUUCGGUCGGUGGUAUCACUUUCGGUGAUCAUAACCAUGGUCUACGUCACAAGAAUAGCGCAAUGAGUCUGCUCAAUAUGGGUGACAACAAAGCCCAUCCCGAGACUGGAACCACAUCUACGAAUGCUUUUGGCAAGGUUGAUGGGGUUUCGACGCGAGAAAGCAGACAAAAAACUCAGCAACCCUCCCAAUUGGCGGCGGCGCAGGCACAUCAUCGCCAGAGCCCUUCACGGAUUCGAUACAAAGAAUCACAUAACUAUACGGGAAACGACCGAAACAUCCUAAGACUGCUGGACUCAUUGUACUUACAAAAUUAUCCUGCCGAUGAUAUUGAAUUCGGACCGCAAGUCCAGUCAGUUGACCAACAACCAAUCAAACGUGGAAACGGUCAGCCAUCUUCCUCGGCAAAUCCAUGGCGUCCAGAAGGAACAUUGGUUGCCAUGAUUGGAGAACACACUGCUGCCGUCAGUCGGAUCCUUGUUGCUGCGGACCAUUCCUUCUUCAUCACGGGAUCUGAUGACGGUUCCGUUAAAGUCUGGGAUAGCUGGCGGUUGGAGAGGAACAUCACGCACCGAUCUCGCCAAACCUUCAAACUCAAUGAAGGUGCUAAAGUUACGAGUCUUGCAUUUAUCGAGAAUACUUACUCCUUCGUCUGCACAGGAAGCGAUGGAAGUGUCUUCGUUGUCAGAGUCGACUAUCAGCAACUUCCAGGCGGCGGCACCAAGUAUGGGAGACUGAAAAUGCUCAGGGAGUAUCAACUUCCUGAAGGAGAGCACGCAGUGUGGUCGGAUCAUUACAAGAGCGACGUGCACUCGGUGCUAAUGCUAGCAACCAACAACUCUAGAAUCAUAGCCUUAGAACUAAGAACUAUGACCGAGUUGUACGUUCUCGAGAAUCCUCUACAACAUGGUACCCCAACCUGUUUCUGUCUUGAUCGGAGACAGUACUGGCUGUUGUUGGGCACAUCGCACGGCGUAAUAGAUCUUUGGGAUCUCCGCUUCAGGCUUCGACUCAAGGCAUGGGCAUUCCAAGGCUCGUCUCCCAUCCACAGAAUCAUUCACCAAUCACUCGGACGGAGCAAGUUCAAGGUGCACAUUGCCGGAGGGACUGGACAGGGUGAAGUCACGGUCUGGAACAUGGAGAAACUCGUCUGUAAAGAGGUGUACCACACUGGUCUUUGCAAGAACAAUCGCAAGGGUAUGUCAUUAAUCGAUGUGGACGAAGAAGGCCCAGGGGGCAUGCUUGGCCGUUUCGCAACCUCGCUGGAGCCCGAUGGCAACGUCAAUAUCGACCGCGGUAUACGGGCAAUGGUUAUAAGAACCCAACCUACCGAGAAGGGGAAGGACUACGAAACGAAGCAAUUAAUCUUGCUCACUGCGGGCCCAGAUUGGAAGGUUCGGUUCUGGGAUACCGUACGUCCUGAGGCUUCGACGGUGGUCAGUGGGAUGGAACUGGAUGAAGGGAAGCCACAAUAUAGCACAGGCCAGCUUACCACGGAGACAUUUGAAGUCAGGGAGCGACUGUCUCUACCCCAAGGCCAACAAUCGUCUUCGAGCGGGCGGGAUGGCAGCAGGGCAUCUUCCAACACAUCGGCCAAGCGGGGCAGCACGAAACCAUCCAGGUCGUCUAUUAUCUCUUUGCAGCAACAGCACUUAUUGAGGAGUCAUAUGGACAGUAUCUUAGACGUGGCGUUGCUGGAAUACCCCUACGGCAUGGUGAUAUCGGCAGACAGAUCAGGUGUUAUUUACGUAUUUCAGUAGCUGGCAAGAGAGAAUAUAGAUAAAAUACUAUAAAAUACUGGAGAUAUUUGGCGAGCUCUCUCAAGGCAAAC